AAGAUAAUCGCACCGCCCUCACCGCGAUCACCCCUAGUAUUACGUAUUACGUAUUGAGAGAAAAGGUCAGUGUAUAUACAUGAGUUUGAGACUUGAGAAUAGGCCAACAAAUAACCAGAAAAAGCAGGAAAAGCAGAGAGAUCGAGAAAUGGCGUCGGCGAUCGUGAGAUCAGCAUUAAGGAACGUACAACUCCGCCGUAGUCCGGCAAGUUCAGCCAGAACAUUUUCUUCCUCUAAAGGCGUAGACGAUGCACAUGAGUCGGCGAAAUGGGAGAAAAUUACCUAUGCAGGUAUUACAGGAUGCACCAUAUAUGCUUGUUAUGUCCUCUCCAAGGGACAUGCUCAUUUUGAAGAGCCCCCUCCUUAUUCAUAUUUGCACAUUCGUUCCAAGGAGUUCCCAUGGGGUCCUGAUGGCCUAUUCGAGGUGAAGCAUCACUGAUCCUCAUAGUCAUAGGAUGGUUGUAACAUCCGGAAUAAUAUCAGUUGUGUUGCUUCCAAUGUUCCAGAUUCUGCAGCACAAAGAUAUAAGCACUUGAUUGUUUGUGCUAAUUUUCGUUAUUCUUUCAUAUUCUCCCCCUGGUGACAUUACUGUUAUUGAAUAAGAUCGAGCUGGAUUCGUCA